CCACGUGUCUGGCGCCUCCACUCUGGCCGCCUGGCCUCCUGUGUGGCCCUGCUGUGCCGCCCAGCGUGGCCCGUGGUGACUGGCUGCCAGGUAGUCUGUGGAACUCGGAAUGGCUCCCCCUCGUGCUGUGUGUCUAGCCCCUGCCAGUCCACCUGCUGCCAGGCUGGUCUCUGCCAGUCCACCUGCUGCCAGGGAAGUCUUUGCCUGUCCACCUGCUGCACACCUGUCUGCUGCAAACCUGCUAUCUGUGUACCCAUAUGCUACAAGAAUGUGACCUAUGUCAUCCCCUCCUGCCAGACCUCUUGCUGCCAGCUGGCCUCCUACACCUCCCUGCUAUGUAGACCCUCCUGCACCCCCUCCUGCUGCUGA